AUGCCGAUACCCAGUGCGCAGGUGGAUCAGGGCGUUAGUUCCAAUGGUAGUAAUAGUGCGGCUUCGGCGUCAUUGACCAGGUUUAGGCAUCGUAAGAUCAGUGUCAAGCAGAAGCUAAGGAUAUACAAGGCUUGCGACUUGAAGGACUUAGACCACGAUGAGUUGCAACAGCGGGAGCUGCUUGAGAUUGAGACAGGGGUGGAGAAGAAUGAGGAAAGGGAGGAGCAUUUGCAUAAGAUAUUACAGAACAGUCAGCUGAAGACGAAGGAUCUUUAUAUUCCGACUCCCGAUGCGUCGCGGGUAUGGAAGGAGUUUGACCGGUUUUACUAUGGGAAGUUUCAGGAGCCUAAGAAUUAUAUUCAAUUUUCCGCGCAGCUAGAGGAUUGUUGCGGACCGUGUUAUAAUUUGGAUGAGCGAGAUGAGGCCUUUUUGAAUAAUGUGCUCAAUUUUGAAAAUGAGGGGGACAGGCUUUCUGAGUAUGAGUUUGAGAUGCUAAUGACGAAUUUUGAGUCAGCCAUUAAGGAGCGCCAGCCGUUUCUGACCAUGGAUCCUGAAAGUAUACUCCCGUAUGAGGAUUUGAAGCCCACAAUGCUUAAGAACGAUAUAGGAGAUGUGGGGAUUAAGACGGAGUUGGCGGCAGAGUUACAGAUGGAAGCUGGGCAACCAUUUUUAACUAAAUUUGAUAGUCGUACGGGUUCUAAUUCAAGAUAUAUGGGCAUUCUGAUCGAGAAAUAUGGGCUACCUGUCUAUGAAUACUGGCGGCAGCGAAAGAUUGAAGUUGUUGGUGGUUCGGUUAUUCCAUCUCUAAGAGCAGAGCGUGGGAAGGAUAAGGAUGAUAAUGAUCCGUAUUUUUGUUUUCGCAGGAGAGAAGUCAGGCAAACUAGGAAAACUAGGAGAGUCGAUUCACAAAAUAGUCAGAAAUUGCGUCUGCUAUACCAGCAAUUACAAUAUACCAAGGAAUUGGCACUAUUAGUAGCGAAACGUGAAAAGAUGUCCAUGGAUACGUUACUAAAGGAUAAAGAAAUAUUCCAACUCAGAUGCCAUACCAAGUCAUUGAAACGUGAAUUGGGUAUCAAAGGGGAGGAUGAGGAUUUGAUUUCACAAAAGAGACGAAAGUUGGUAAGUAAUGUUAUCACAAAUAAAAAAUAUCUCGUUGCUCAAACUGAGGCAACUUCCCUGAAGAAAUUAAAGACAAAGGGUAAAGAUAGGAAGUUAGCUGUUAAGCAACCAUCAGGAUCGGAUUUGAAAAGACAACAGCUACACUUUCAGAAAUCUGACCAGCAAAGACAAAUGCAACAGCAGCAUCUUCUUCAGCAACAACAGGUUAAUGGUAGCCAAUCACAACAGGAUUCAUCCGUUGUUUCUCAUGUAUAUGUCAAAUUGCCUAGCUCGAAAAUACCGGAUAUUGUCUUGGAAGAUGUUGAAAAGCUUUUGUCUAUGAAGGAAAGAAACACCAAGAGAUUUGUUGAAGAUAAGAUGAGGAGGAGGCGUGAAGAGGAUGGUAACCUAUUUUUUAAUUUAACAGACGAUCCAUACAACCCUGUGUUUGAGGUACAUAUCCCUCCAAAUAUCAAACCAACAAACGCCCCAUUUUCUUCUAUUGUUUCGUCAAAAUUUGAGAUCAAUAGAUCUUAUUAUACUCCAAAUCUACAAGAUUAUAUUGCUGGUGCUUCUAAUUUUGUUUCUGCAUACAAUAAAGAUGGAGAAGUUAUAGAAAAUAUAAAAUACAAGAGAUUAGAAUUCUAUAAUCCAUUUGAAGAUAAACGAGAAUCCCAUACUAGAGAAUUACCAUUGAGAUUUAGAAGACGUAUUGGUCGUUGUGGUAUUGAGUACUUAGAUCGCAAGGAUAUUAACCGAAACCCUAAUGAUAUGAUAGAGCAGUUUAUGGAUUUCUCAAUAAUCAAUGAACAGGAAGAAAAUUCAGAUGUAAUUAACGUCUAUGAUUCCAAACUAGAUGAGUUAUCACGACUUCAUGAACGGUGGAAAUAUGAUUCAGACUAUAAUUCUUACGGUAUCAAAUUUUCAAACGAACCUUCUAGAUUAAACCAAAUAAGUAAUGAAACACAAGUGAUAAGGUUCGGUACCAUGUUGGGCACAAAGUCCUAUGAACAGUUACGUGAUGCUACCUUGAAAUAUCGUCAAAAUAUUAUGGCUCAAAGAAAGAAACUAAUCAACGCGCAGAGACAGCUGCAACAACAACCACAACAACCGCAAUCCCCGCAACAACAGCAGCAACCACAGCAACAAUAG